AGGUAUGUGAAAUGGUUUGAUACAGUAAUGUUUUACUAUGUUAUUUUAGUGAAUUUAGUGAAUGUCACUUUUUGUAAUUUUCAAAUUUCCCGCUGUUCCGUCCCCCCCACGUCCCGACGCUCGCAGGGGACGGAACCCAGAUGACAGAUGCCGGCAUCCACCGGAGGACAUUACAGGGGACACUGCAGGGGGGACAUCGCGGGAGCACAGCACAAGGUAAGAGAAGAACAGAUCCCGGAGCAACGCCACAUGGUAAGCCUGAGUGUAGCCGGGGUUACCGCUUGUGCUACACUCGGGAAUACCGCUAGGGAGGUUAAG